AUGCCUGCCAAAGCAGCAGAAUCAGACCCAUCCCUCCUUCUCGAAAGACGGCGUGCCCAGAACCGAAGAGCACAAGUGCGGUUUAGACUGAAGCGGGCCUCGCUAGCAGAGGCAAGCACCAGUGCCAGGCGACUUGAAAUCGCACAGGCGUCCGAACGGUCGCCCACCGCUUCCGCCGCUUCUCAUGUUCGCAUCGAAGGUUCACCUGGCAGGCAUUCCCUCGAUGUAAGCGCCUUUGCCGAUGCUGUGGGAAGCAACCACAUCGACCCUCACCCUGGCAUCCAACAGGUGGCUAGCGAUGGCAGUCUCAUGUCUUCAUUGUCGCCUGUCGCAUCAUCCGACCCCUCGCACUUUGUGCAGGGUGAGCAACGCGGCUCAUCGGAUUCAGCCAUGUUCGACGUUGAUCUCCGCGAACUCGCUCCGGAUUCGCUUCUGGAAGCAAGCGUCUCGAACGUGUCGGAAAUUUCCAAUCGCCCCGCAAGCAAUGCGGACCGUCAGUUUAGAGACGCGCCAACAGUCCACGCGACGCGGGAGGUCGUUGAACAUCCGCAUGUGUCUCGCACGCAGCCCGACGCGCUUCCCAGUGGUGUGUCGCGAAGACUGCUGUGGGAGGUGUUUGCGGACGCCGGCGCUGCGGAUGAUAGCGCGCAAGCGAGCGAAAGCUGGUGGAAGAACUUUUGGAAGUCUCUCCAUGUGAACAUCCCGCAACACGGCUCGUGCGCGCGGCCAACGAAGAUCAAAGGCUGGCCACAGGGGUAUCAAUUUGCGCAAUUGAUCACCAAAGAAAAAGGUAUGCUUGCCGUUUGCGUGUUUCUUUCCAACGAAGGGACCCUGGAAGGCCUUCGACGCUUGCCCACGGUCCUCGAUCCCGGCUCUACGAGUGCAAUUUCAUUUACGCACCCGUUCAUCAAGGCCUACUAUCACAAUGCCAUCACGCUCGGAUAUCUAGAAGAAGACCUCAGGGCCGGCGACGGCAUGUCAAACAUUCGCGACAUUUGGUCUCGUCGCGGCGGGCCUAGCUCGGGUUUGCGCACGCGCACGCCCGCAUCGAAGAACAUGUGGAUCGACUUGCCAAGCGCAUUGACGAGAGAGGAAGAGAAAUUUCGCUUGAAGCGCUUAGAGGAGACGGCCAACCUUCAUCCGACCGAGCUGCAAUUAAAGACGAGGCAUCCUAGCAUGGUUGAUGUUCUACCUUGGCCCGAGCUUCGAGAUGCACUCAUCGCCUUGACAAUGUCCAAUCUCGUGCCUUAUGCGAGCCUAAAGGGUGAUUUGCUUGGACGACCUUGGCAGUGCACAGGAUCGGGGCACACCUUUUGCAUUCACGGCGACGAUCCUGGAGACGAAGAGGCUUGGGAGAUGAGCGCUUCUUUUGCGCGCAAGUAUCGGCCGGUUCUGCCUGCCAAACUGCUCAAAAGGACAAAUUGGUGGCGCCGCAUGCGUGGAGAGCCCAACAUUACCUUUUGCCCAUCUGAAGAGGUCGACAUUACGUCUCACCACGCUCAAACGCUGUUGAGCGAUUAUUUCAGCAAGCUCGCUUGCACUGACGCCAGCUCAGAUGGCGCGGAUCACAGCGCGGCAACAAAUGGUGCUGCCGAGCCGCACAAAUCUGCAGACACAAGCGAGGAGGAGUCGGUGCAGCACCUCAAACUAGUGACAGACACCCACAUCGCAAACACGAGUAGCGACAUUUUGGCUGCUGCUUCCUCUGUCCAUUCGACUUUGACUCCACAUUUCACAAGCUUGGACACUGCAGCGGGUGAUUGCGUGCGAAAUUGGGAUCAUCACGCCGCGAUGCUCGCUUCGCUUGGUCUGAAUUUCGAGACCUUUUGA